UACCUACAGGAACAUGGAUGGUCAUUUCUUCAUCAGUCAGUCUUUAGAGUUAAGUAUUUUCGAACGUGUGAUAAUAAUAUAUUAAUAUGUCAGAGUGCUCAUUUUUCGACCAUAUCCCUAAGAAACGAUGCGUGGUAAGUUUUUCAACUAUUAUUAUUAUUUUUUUUUAUCAUCAUUUUGUACCACACCUCAUACUACUACUUAAAUUAAACUUUAUUUUAUUUUAAGUCACCACCAUUAUUCCUCGAGUCUUAUGAUCCGCGUGACUUCAUGCUUACUGUAGCUGCAGAACACAGUGAACCCAGCGUCGAUUAUUCGCUCGGGUUUCAUGCCGGACAACAAUUUCCGUGGAAAUCACCCGAUUCAAGUCCGCCAUUGCAACAGUCUACGGAGGAGAUGUCGAGCUGGAAUUCACCGUCCAUCCUAAAUUUAUUAUCUGCACAAUUCCCCAACGAUAGAGAAAUAUUAAAUGACGCGCAAUCAUUUCAUUUGAGUGACUUUGAGUGGGAAGAUAUUCCACUUAAAGAAAAUACCCCACAUUGGAAAAAGAAAAUAAUAUCUGAAUUUAACACUAAAAUGUAAUAUAUUUAAUUUUAUGUAAAUAAAAUAUUAUUUUAUAGAA